GGUAGCCGCCUCCUUUAACACUGCCUCAUUACUCUUCCAAACUCUACCUUGAUAACUUCCCUUCCAUUCUUCAUUCUUGGUCCACAGCCACAGGGAGGUCAUGGGAAACGCACAGAGUGGAGGGAUUCCCAGAGAGAUCCUGGAUGACCUCAAGCUGACCACUAGGUUCUCAGAAUCUGAGAUCACCCAGUGGUAUGAAAACUUCCAGAAGCAGUGUCCUACAGGUCGCAUCUCACUACAGAAGUUUGAAGAGAUCUACGCUAAAUUCUUCCCUGAAAGUGAUGCCAAAGCUUAUGCCCAACACGUUUUUCGGUCUUUUGACGCCAAUGAUGAUGGGACAUUAGACUUUAAAGAGUAUGUGGUUGCGCUUCAUAUGACCUCCUCGGGCAAGUCGACCUUGAAGCUAGAGUGGGCCUUCUCACUGUUUGAUGUGGACAAGAAUGGUUACGUCACAAAACCUGAAGUAAUUGAACUCAGCCAGGCAAUUUUCAAUCUCAUACCAAAAGCGAAGCAGGCAAAUCUUCCCAGUGAUGAGGGCACGCCAGAGAAGAGAGCAGAGAAACUCUGGGCCAUCUUUGACAAAAAGGACAAUGAACGAGUCGCAGAGGGAGAGUUCAUUGAGGCCGUUCAGUCAAACGAGAUUGCGCUGCGGCUCAUUCAGUACGACCAUAAAUGACCCAACAUGAUCAUGUUCAUGCAAACAGUGGUUUUGUUAUGCUUGACUUCCUGUGCAUUUGUUGUUAUAUUAAACAUUUCAUUAAAGAUGCGCCAUCCUUAAUUUGUGUGUCGCCAUUGUGUUCUGCUAGUUUCACGUGUUUUUAUUAAAGCAACUGUAAGGUUUUUUUUUUACCUUGAAAUAUCAGUUUCAAAAUCAUUCUGAUGGUACACUCACAUCAAAUAAGAUAAAUGGCUUCUGUCUGUUUCCCACACUCCUUUGCUUUACAGCAGCAACAAAUGCACGUGUAGCUGUCCACUGUAAUAGGUUUUGCCCAUGCCGUCACUGCUGUGGUGCAAAAUGCAGCUGGAGGCAAGGAAGUGAUUUUCUAUAUAGGAAUCUAGCAGAAACUCAAAAUGACUAUGUUUUGCGUUAUGGAUGCUCAAAUUGGUCAAACCGAGAAACCACAAGGAGCUUUUAUCGUGUACGAAAAUUUGUUGUUCAUAAUCGGGGAAAAGGCAAGAAAUUGACUGAAAAAAACUGAGGAAAAGUGGCCGGUAACCCCAUAGAUAUGUAUAUAUCUAUCUAUAUAUAUCUAUAUAUAUAUAUAUAUAUAAAACCCUGUGUCUGUCGGUCGGGAGGAGCAGAGUCGGAUAAUGCUCAUGUGUGCAAAUGGUUAAUAUAUAUAUUAAGAAUAGAUUAAAGUACCUUUCAAGGAAAGUCUGUUCACUCUGCAGCCAUAUUUGUAACGCCUCCAGGCAGCUCAAACAAGACCAAGUUCUAAAUGAAUGGGGGAAUCCUGAAAUCUCAAAAACUGCGUGU